UUCCCCAUUCCCUCUCUUUCUUCUUCAUCCUUUCCAACUUCUUAUUCAUUCACCAAACACAAAACAGUUCCCAUUCUUGCAAAUGGCUACCAAAGUUUACAUUGUAUACUAUUCUAUGUACGGACAUGUUGAGCGAUUAGCUCAGGAGAUUAAGAAAGGAGCCGAAGCUGUUGACGGAGUAGAGGCCAAAUUAUGGCAGGUGCCGGAAACUCUUUCUGAUGAGAUUCUUGCAAAGAUGAGUGCACCGCCGAAGACUGACGCACCAGUCAUUACCCCAAAUGACCUCACCGAGGCUGAUGGAAUCAUAUUUGGUUUCCCAACUAGAUUUGGUAUGAUGGCUGCUCAGUUCAAGGCAUUUAUGGACUCGACCGGAGGCCUAUGGAAGACCCAGGCGCUCGCAGGGAAGCCUGCUGGCAUAUUUUACAGCACUGGAUCACAAGGAGGUGGACAAGAAACUACCGCCUUAACAGCCAUUACCCAACUUGUCCAUCACGGUAUGAUUUUCGUGCCCGUUGGCUACACAUUUGGAGACGGCAUGUUCGAGAUGGAGAAUAUUAAGGGUGGCAGCCCGUAUGGUGCCGGAACCUUUGCUGGAGAUGGUUCUAGACAGCCUUACUAUGAUGGCAAACCAAGUAAAGACAACUGCCCAAGUAUCACUAUGAUCGACUAUCGUUGUGCUAGCUUGAGUAUCACUAUGGUGGACCAAUUAACGCUAUGUCGACUUGACUACCGUUAUGCCAACCUAACUACCACUAUGGUAGAUCGACUACCGUUAUACCAGCUUGACUCCCACUAUGGUAGAUGGGCUACCGCUAUUCUAGAUUGA